GAAGGUCUGUCUCCUUCCUGUGUUGUAUAAUCCGGAUGGCUGACUAAUAUCUUCUGAGUCAUUCAGUGAGCUUGAUCCAUUCACAGUUCUAGGGGAAGUACUGCUAUGGUACAAUUACCUUGUUAAACUUUCCCUGUUUUGUAUUCCCUUAAGGACAGGUGAUCUCCCAGUGCCAGCUCACUAUUUGCCUAUUGUCUCCUGGGUAGGGAGGGGAGUAGACGUCACAGCAGAGGAGGAGGUGGUUAAGAAAACAGUCACUGUUUUAAAACUCCUCAUGCAGAGGGAUCGGCUUGCAGUGGCUCGGAGACGUCUUGGAAGGCACAUUCACCUCCUACUGGAUCAGCAUGGAGGAAGGGAGUGGAAUUCUGAAGGAAGGCUUUCUUGUUAAAAAGGGACAUGUUGUCCACAACUGGAAAGCAAGAUGGUUUGUUCUUCUCCAGGACAGACUGCUCUAUUAUAAAGUUGUGGGAGGGAAGAAAGAGUCUUCUCCAAAGGGCAGGAUUAUUUUGGAUGGCUGCACAAUGACUUGUCCAUGUUUGGAGUAUAACAGGCCGUUGGUCAUUAAACUGAAGACAAAAACAAACACAGAGUAUUUCCUCGAUUUCUGCUCUCGAGAAGAGCGUGAUGCCUGGGCGUUGGAUAUAACUGGUGCUAUUCAUGCUGGCAACCCAGUGCAAGUCCAGCAACUUCACCGCAUGAAAAAUUCCUUCAAACUGCCUUCAAAUAUCAGCUUGAAUCACGUUGUGGACAAAAUGCAUGACAACAGCAGUGGAAUUAAGCUCACACCCAACACAGAACAAGGCAGCACAUAUAAAGAAAGUUUUACAGGCUCUAUGCUGGUUGACUGGCUGAUUUCCAAUAGUUUUGCAGCCUCCCGUCUAGAGGCUGUCACCCUGGCCUCUGUGCUGGUGGAUGAAAAUUUCAUUAAACCUGUGGGAGCCCGCAGUGUUGAAGCCAUGAGGAAUGGUGAUUUAACUGAGCAGGUUUUGGAUGACUCUACAGCUGUGUACACAUUUGCGGAAAACUAUAAGAAGAGAACCACCUCCAAAGAAAAUAUUCAUCUUAACAUUAUUGAACUGAGUGGCACCAUUUUAAAACAAGGAUUUUUAAUAAAACAGGGACACAAGAGGAAAAACUGGAAGGUGAGGCGCUUUGUCCUGAGGGCUGACCCUGCUUUCCUACACUAUUAUGACCCCACAAAGGAAGAUAACCGGCCAGUUGGGGGAUUCUCUCUCCGUGGUUGCCUUGUCUCAGCAUUGGAAGAUAAUGGAGUCCCAACAGGAGUGAAAGGGAAUGUGCAGGGCAACCUCUUCAAAAUCAUAACAAAGAAUGACAUUCACUACUUUAUACAGGCCAGUUCCAAGGCAGAGAGGGCAAGCUGGAUUGAAGCCAUCAAACAGCUAACAUAGACUUUUGCAAAUUUCGUAUGUGGACAAAACCAUUGACUUGAAUCAUUGCUUUGGCGGUAAUAUAAUGUUUGGUUUUUGAGGUGCAUGAGUGAGUUGUUUCAGCCAAACAUAAAGCCUGCAUCCAACAAAUCUACUUGGGCCUUUACCACACUUUCCUUAUCUGAAGACUUGUACAUUCAGAUUUUUUAAAAAGUCAGUUCCUGUAUGUGGUCCACAAUACUUAUGCAUCAUUUUCCUAGAACCAUUCUGGGAAUUCUGAAUAUUUAACCAGGUACAUUCACCUGAGUAAAGCUAAAUCACAUGACACAGAGUUGGACAAACCUAGAAUGGAGACAUCAAGCUUGGAAAUUGAAUUGUACCUCUGCCAUCUGUUUCCAUUCACCUUUGCAGCCCAGAAGGAUGUAGGGUGGGAUUCGCCUAACAAGCCCCAUCAGAAGAAGCCCUGCAUAAGGAUUCCCGCUUGUGCAAUGGGUCUUUCUCCCCUUUCCUCCUCCCAUUCCCCCUGAAGUUGCCUAGGGUGUGUGUGUCAAGAGAUCACCCAGAACAGCAUACAGGGGGAGAAGAGGAGGGGAAACUGUUCUUCCUGUCAAGAUGAAAUACUUGUACAAACGGAAGGUUCAUCAUUGCGCAACAUUGAAUUCCUCCCAUAGUGUUACUGAUUUACAUCAAUAUAAUUUCAUUGCCAGCUUUUAGAUGGUUUUAAGCUUCAGUUCUGUUUUUUUUUUUUUAAUAGCGUAUUGUACAUUUUUAAGCCGGCCUAUUUGUGUGUGACCAUAUGAAAGUUCAUGUAUAGCGCCCACUGGCCAGUUGAGUUCCUGAGAACAGUUCACUGGGUGCCUUGUGCCAGAAGCGACAGGAAAGGGGGAAAUGGAAGAUCCAAUAUUUUUAAUGUUGUUUUACAUGUGGGAAAUUAAUUUCUGUAGAGGAUAAUGAGGCUAGAUGUCUCAAGAUGGGUAAUUGCUGCAGUUUGAACUGCAUGCCAAAUAUAGUAUUUUCUUUUCUUUUUUUAAAUAAAAAUGUCCUGUGAAACGCUUAAGAAGCUCUGACACUGAUGUUUCACAGAAGGCAAUAAUUUAAAAGUUAUAUUUGGGGUAUGUUUUAAUGAUCUUCCAUAUUUUAUUUUUGUAUGAUCUUUUCUAUGAUUUGUUUGGAUUUCCGAUUUGUUUAUUUAUUCUGUAGCUGUAAAAUUG